CUAUUCAUGUAUGUCAGAAGGGUGGAAUGCCAGGCACUUCUUCUACAUAAUGGUUCGAGAGAAAGAUGUUUGUUGGGAAUACGCUGAGAAACUAGAUGGAAACAAGGUUAAAUGCAAAUUCUGUCUAAGAGUUCUGAAUGGCGGCAUAAGUAGACUGAAGCAUCAUCUUUCUCGACUUCCAAGUAAAGGCGUAAAUCCAUGUAGCAAAGUUAGAGAUGAUGUCACCGAUAAGGUUAGGAUCAUUUUAGCAUCAAAGGAGGAUGGUAAAGAAGUUAUUCCAACAAAGAAGCGAAAGCAACCAGAACCUAGAUCACCUGUUAGUAAUAGUAUCACUACAAACAGAAGUCUUGUAACCCUAGAGACAGUAUCUCCGAUUGCCAAAAUCUUUCCUAAUAUUACCCAAACUGGUCCUUCGCAUGUGAGUGAUCAAGAAAAUGCAGAAAGAAGUAUAGCUCUUUUCUUUUUUGAAAACAAGUUGGAUUUCAGUAUUGCCCGUUCUUCGUCUUACCAGUUGAUGAUUGAUUCAGUAGCCAAAUGUGGUAACGGGUUCAAAGGUCCCUCUUUCGAAGCUCUGAAAACCAAUUGGUUGGAGAUGAUAAAAUCUGAAGUCAGCUUACAAUCUAAAGAAAUCGAGAAAGAAUGGACAACAACAGGUUGUACCAUAAUUGUGGAAACAUGGACCGACAACAAAUCAAGAGCGUUAAUCAACUUCCUGAUUUCAUCACCAUCCAGUACGUUUUUCCACAAAUCUGUAGACGCAUCUUCAUAUUUCAAGAACACAAAGUUCCUUGCUGAUUUGUUCGACUCCGUGAUUCAAGAUUUUGGGCCAGAAAAUAUCGUGCAGAUAAUAUUGGAUAACACACUCAACUGCACCAGUAUAGUGAAUCAUAUCCUGCAAACUUAUGGAACCAUCUUUGUAUCCCCUUGUGCUUUGCAAUGUUUGAAUGCAAUUUUGAAGGAGUUUUCAAAGAUAGAUUGGGUGAAUAGAUGCAUCCUUCAAGCACAGGUGAUUUCAAAGUUUAUAUACAACCAUUCAUCGCUUCUUGAUAUGAUGAAGAAGUUCACUGUAAGUGAAGAAAUCAUCAAAACUGGUAUCACAAAGUAUGUUUCUCACUUCCUUUCGUUGCAAUCCAUAUUGAAGCAACGGUCAAGAUUGAAACACAUGUUUAACAGCCCCGAAUUCACAAAUAACCCUGCUUAUGCAAAUAAACCACAGAGCAUGACCUGCAUUGGCAUACUUGAUGACAACGAGUUUUGGAGGGCAGUGGAAGAAUGUGUUGCCGUUUCUGAGCCAUUUCUAAAGGUUAUGAGGGAGGUAUCUGGCGGAAAACCAGCAGUUGGUUCGAUUUAUGAGUUGAUGACCAAAGCCAAGGAGUCGAUACGGACAUAUUAUAUCAUGGAUGAUAUCAAGUGCAAGACUUUCUUUGAUAUUGUGGAUCAGAAAUGGCAGAGCCACCUUCAUUCACCUUUACAUUCGGCAGCUGCAUUCUUGAACCCGAGCAUCCAGUAUAAUCCUGAGAUCAAGUUUCUUGGAUCGAUAAAAGAAGACUUCUUUAGAGUUUUGGAGAAGCUGCUCCCAACUCCUGAACUAAAAAGAGACAUCACCAAUCAAAUUCUGUUGUUUACGAGGGCCACCGGGAUGUUUGGCUGCAAUCUUGCGAGGGAGGCCAUUGAUGCUGUUUCACCUGGAAUUUGGUGGGAACUAUACGGCGACUCGGCUCUAACCUUACAACGAGUUGCCAUGAGAAUCUUGAGCCAGGUUUGCAGCGGUUCCACGUUUGAGCGACAAUGGAGCACGUUUCAACAAAUCCACUCCGAGAAGCGAAAUAAGAUCGAUAAGGAAGUUUUAAACGAUAUUGCCUACAUACAUUACAAUCUAAAGCUAGCAAGAUCCAAAAAAUCAAAGUCAACAGAUACUGAUCCUAUACAAGUAGAUGACAUCGAUAUGACGUCACCAUGGGUCGAAGAAACCGAGAAUCCUAGCCCUACUCAAUGGCUUGAUCGAUUCGGUUCAGCUCUUGAUGGGAAUGACUUGAAUACGAGACAAUUUAGCAACUCGAUAUUUGGUCCCAAUGACCAUAUGUUUAAUCUGUGAUGUUUUUGUAGCCACGAUGUUGCAACGAUGUAUAUACGACAUUUGUAAAAAUGAUUUCAAGCAUGAAGACGACCCUCGGAUUAUAACCGUCCUCGAAAAGACGAACCUUCUUGGGGAAAUACACCGAAUGCUAGAAAACAGGAAAUAACCAAAUCACGAGUUGAGAUUCGACAGCCCGCUGUUCACAAACUAGUGAACCAAAUCCGAUCAUCACCGUUCAGAAGUUACCAACCUUCGCACAAGAUUUCAGCUCGGUUUAAUUUCUCAAAUAUAACUGAAAACGGAAACAGCCCAAAAAUUGACCAACUUUAUUUCUCUUUAAUCGGAAUUAGUAUCCCUACCCCUUGGAUGGUGGCAAGUCUGUGUAUAUCUUACCGUCCUUUCUUUUACUGUAUUU